AUGGUUGUCUACAGCAAGGCGACGGCUGCUUUGACCCUCGCUAUGGCCGCGUCUGCUAUGCCGAUCGAUUCAUCUCGUACCUCGAAGUCCAAGACCUUCUCGGUCAAUCAGGUGGCUAGGAAGCAUUUUGGUCCCAGGAAGGUCAACCUUGCAGGCAUGUACGUCCAUGCUCUUGGAAAGCAUGGUGCCGAGAUCCCCGACAACAUCCUUGCCGCAGUUGAGAAUGGCUCAGUCAUAGCCACUCCUUCGGCCAGUGACGAGGAGUAUGACUGUCCUGUUACCAUUGGUAACACUAUUAUGAACCUUGACUUUGACACUGGCUCGUCCGAUCUCUGGGUCUUUUCAACGGAGCUCCCCGCCUCAGCGCAGACUGGGCACAGCAUCUAUGACCCAAGCAGCGCUACCCCUCUCAGUGGCUACACGUGGAACAUUUCGUAUAGUGACGGUAGCUCUGCUAGUGGUAAUGUCUUUCAAGACACUGUUACUGUUGGUGGUGUACAGGCAACUAGUCAGGCCGUUGAAGCCGCUGAGCAGGUCAGCAAGCGGUUCGUGUCAGACAGGAACAAUGAUGGUAUCUUGGGCCUGGCUUUCAGUUCUAUUAAUACUGUUCUUCCUCAGCAGCAGCUGACUUUUUUUGAUACUGUCAAGUCGCAGCUCGCGCAGCCCCUCUUUGCUGCUUGCCUCAAGCACAACCAGCCUGGCGUCUAUGACUUCGGAUUCAUCGAUCAGACGAAGUUCACCGGCUCACUAGCCUAUACACCGGUCGAUAGCUCUCAAGGGUUUUGGAUGUUCAGUGCCGACAAUUAUACGAUUGGCAGUGCCGCAGCUGGAUCUUCUAUCUCAGGGAUUGCUGACACUGGAACCACCCUGCUGCUCCUCGACACUAGCAUUGUAUCUGCCUAUUACCAGCAAGUUACCGACGCCAAGAAUGACCCGCAGGUUGGAGGUUACACUUUCCCUUGCUCUGCCGAGCUACCAGACUUCAGCAUCUCUGUCGGUAGUUAUCAAGCCGUUGUCUCCGGUUCUUUUAUUAACUACGCGCCCGUCUCCUCUGGCAGCACUACCUGCUUUAGCGGAAUUCAGGGCAAUAGCGGCAUUGGUUUCUCUAUCUUCGGUGACAUCUUCCUCAAAAGCCAGUAUGUUGUUUUCGACUCUAUCGGUCCGCAGAUUGGCUUUGCCCAGCAGACAUAG